AUGCCAAAAGAAGAAAUUAUUAAAGACAAAGAGCUGUUAGACCACCAACAUGACACACUUAUUGGUCCAUGUAAAACUAAUACGAAUUUACAAAUUAGAAUAUCGAAUGACCAACAAGAAGUUUCUUCUUCGACUUCUAGCUCCACUGCUUCGUCAACUAAUGUGAGCAGAACCAGUAGUAUUAGCAGCAUUAACGAGGUGGUAGUAGCAGAUACUUUUCCGAAUACUUGUACUACUACUUCUUCACCGUUGUCCCGUAUCAAUGUUAAAAAUGUUGAUAGUAAUAGAAGACGAACUAUAUAUUUACCUGAUGCUAUUGAUGAAAAUGAUAAUAGAGAAAAUAAAGAAUUGAUAUUAGAAGAGACUGAUAGAAAAGUCGAAUUGACGACGACCGAUACAGAUACUCCGUCGUUAUCUUACAGUGAGAAUAAAGUACAAACCAUAAUACGCCGUUCUGACUCUGAUCUUGCUGUUCAAAUCACAAAUAUCACGAAUCUAUCAAUUAUGAGUCUUGACUUGGCUGGUUUAGUUUCAAAAGUCGCUUUGGAAACGGUGAAAAUGUCGACUCGAGCUGGACUUGGCAUUGUUAAAGCUGUGACCGCCAGAACGGAAAGAAGAAACUCAACACGUAGCGUUGGUGCGAAUGAUAGCGGGAUUCUUGACGCUUCUUCCUACUUGUUGCACAAAACUUUGUCAUUCACUGAACAAAUCGCACUGGCUGGAAUUGAAUUCACUUCGGAAACUGUGCAGUAUACAAUAUCCACAAUAGCCGAUAGUAUAUCGGUAAUCGAUACACUAUUUGGAACUACUGAAACUGCGAAAGCUUUAACAGAAUUUGUUCAGCUAGUUAAGCAAGAAUGGAAUGCAAAAGAGGAAGGGGAAGAAUCACUAGAAGAUCUUGGAUCAUUUGGUGCUUUUCGGGUCAUUAAAGUAUUAACUGCAUGGGCGUGUUUACAGUAUGUCACCGCUACGAGAUGGGAGAUGGAAAUGGGUGGAUGGAAGAAAGUAAAGUUGGUAGAGCUCUGGGACUUAGUAGACGAUUGGGUCGAGAUUACUCAUGACGAUUCAAUCUACGAGGAGUUUGGUUGGCUAGUUGAAGAAGAGGAUGAAGAAAUGGUGGUGAUUAGUUCAAAAAGCGAUGGCAAUAACGAUGGCAAUAAUAUUGUGGUCGGUGAACUUACUCAACCGGAGCAUAAUCGAUUAAGUUUACCCAAUGAAUUAUAUUCGAAAAGAUUAAGUGAACUUUGGUCGGAUGUCAACAAACGUUUCAGUAAUCCUUAUAUGGAUGAAUUUAAUGAUCAAACUGAAGAGGAAAAAUUAUAUUCACUAUUACACAAUCUUAAACGAUACUCGAAAUUCUCUUCUACGGCCUAUGACGUAAAGACAGCAAUAAUGAAUUCAUUACCGUUUCAACGGCAUCGAACUCAUCUACAUCGGGUCACUUUUGCAAGAGUAAAUGACUUACCUGUAGAAUCAAUAGUUCAUUCUUCUCAUCAGAAUCCUCCUUCCUCCGGCAAUCACUAUUCACCUACUUAUUAUUUAAUUCGGGAUCACUCGGCGAAAUCAAUUAUUCUCGCAUUGCGCGGAACAAUGUCAAUACACGAUCUAAUUGUGGAUUUAUCAUGUGAAUAUGAAGAUCUCAUAUUACCUGAAGAUAUUCAAAGUGGAGAUUUGACACGUUAUAAAGUACACAAAGGAAUGAUGAAGGUAGCAAAAGCUUUGGCAACUCCAGGACAAUCAGGAGUAUUUGAAGAGUUGAAACGUGAAUUGGAGCAAAACGAAGAUUAUGGUCUUGUGUUGAUUGGACAUUCUUUAGGAGCCGGCAUCGCAAGUUUAUUAGCACUUCUUUGGGCUUCACCGAAAACUCGCAUGACGACACGAUGGAGUCACCUACCAUUAGGACGUCGUGUUCAUGCAUAUGCCUUUGCAACACCUUGUGUGAUGUCUGCUGGAUUAUCCAAACGUGCUAAAACUCUUGUGACAUCGGUUGCGUAUGGAAAUGACGUGAUAUGUCGCCUUAGCAUUGGUCAUGUUAGAGAUCUUCGAAAUAUGGUUGUCUAUCUUGGCUCAAAGAAGACCGAAGACGACGGUGUCCAAGAUUUGACCAGUACCAUCAUCACCAAAGUGCUCGACUAUCAAUCACGAGUAUUCAGUGACGACGAAAGAGGGCAAGCCGAAAAGAAAGAAUUCGAACAGUUCUUUUGGAAGAUGCGAGAAGCUGUUCAUUCUCGAAUGGGUGCACAUAAAUUAUAUCCCGCGGGGCGACUAUAUUGGAUAAUUGGCAAAGACCGAAUUCCUUAUUGUCUUCCAAGUGACGAUGACGACGAGGAAAAUGGUGCUCAUGAUGGGCAUAAACGAUUAACUGAACACAAGUAUAAUAUGGUUGAAGUUACAGACGUGGAAAAAAUAUUCUCGGAAAUUUGGUUCACCCCGACAAUGAGUCUUGAUCAUCUUCCAACUGUGUAUGGUAAGAAUUGA